ACUGCCACUUCCUUGAUCUAAAAUUUGGCUGGGACUUGUCAUGAUGUGACGUUAGUGAAUAGAACACCAUGAAAACGAAGAAAAGGAUUCUUUGUCAUUUGGCCCAGUGUUUUGCGUUUGAAUAUUCUGUAUUCUGCUUUAAUUACAGCCAGCGAGAAAGCUAAAGAGGUUGUAAAGGCCACUGAAGCUAGCUGGUUUGCUAGCAGAGGAGUCGCUGAGGGGGUAGGAUCUCUUCUGUUCAAAAUAGUGUUUUGAACUGCAAAUAAUGGAGGGAAUUCUUUACAAGUGGACAAAUUAUAUGACAGGGUGGCAGCCACGCUGGUUUGUGUUGGACAACGGUAUCAUUUCAUACUACGACUCUCAGGAUGACGUCUGCAAAGGAAGCAAAGGAAGUAUCAAAAUGUCUGUCUGUGAAAUUAAAGUUCAUCCAACCGACAAUACCAGACUGGAGUUGAUCAUUCCUGGGGAGCAACACUUCUAUGUGAAAGCUGUCAAUGCCGCUGAAAGGCAGAAGUGGUUGGUCGCCCUUGGAAGUUCCAAAGCCGGGCUUAUCGACACUAGAACCAAAAAAGAAAAAGAGCUUACAGAAACCACAGAGUCUUUGAAAACCAAAAUGUCAGAGCUGCGACUGUACUGCGAUUUACUGAUGCAACAGGUUCAUACCAUACAGGGGUGUGUAGACCAGGAAGGGGAACACACUUCACCCAGUACUGAGACGAGAAACGAAGCCUCCUCUUUACUCAGUGCGACAUGUAACACCUUUAUUAAGACACUGGAGGAAUGUAUGAAGAUCGCUAACUCUAAGUUCAACACUGACAUGCUCCAGUCCAGUCCGUCAGACCCUCUCAUGUCCCCAGUCUCUCCGGCCCCGGUCCAGAUGGCCAAGAUGAAGCGAUCCAUAAGUCACCCGGGCACUUACAGUUUCGACAGGUCAAGCCACUUGCCAAAAGAGAAUUUGGCAACGCAGCGAUCGUCCCAGCGACGCGCUCGAACGUGUUCAGACACUGAAACUCUUAGCGACGGCUGCACUGAAGAGGUGGACAGACUGGCGCCGUUGGCUAAGGCUGGCGUGAACGGAGACACCACGCCCAGUAUCCCGGAGGAGAGCGGCACGCUGAAACUGAUCUCAGAGACUGAUACCCAAGAAUCAGACCUGUCUCUUUAACUCCG